CACGGAGUUACGCUUUUGUUUCUCAGACAAAAUUUUGCCUGCACGGAGAGAAGCGGAGAUUUGGCCGGACUCCUGCUGCCAGGAAGGGGCACACCUGGGCUAGAGAUCAUCCCUCCUCCAGCAGAGCCCUACUGCUCCGGGCGCCAGGUCCUGACCCAGUAGGUCCCCCCCACUCAGCGGGUCUAGAGAGAUGGAUCAACUCCGGGAGGAUGUCACCUGCUCCAUCUGCCUGGAUGUCUUGGACGACCCCGUCUCCAUCGAGCGCAGCCACAACUUCUGCCAGGGCUGCCUCGUGGCUCACUGGCGCGGGGUCUCGGCCCAGGGCUACCAGUGCCCCGAGUGCCGGACUCCCUGCUCCAGGGACAGGAUGACCCCAGACAUGCGGCUGAGAGCCCUGGUGAAGAAAAUCACAGAGCCCCUGCGGGAAGAGAUGGAGCUGCAGGGGCCGGGGGCUCAGCCAGAGCCGGGGCACCCGGUGCAGCUGGUUCGUCUGGAUGACAAAGGCAGCCUGAUCCUGUACGAGGAGGCCCUGAGCCUCUGCCUGGAGCAGGGUGGGGUGGGUGACGCCCCCAUCUGCCUGGUGUCAAUCAUCGGGGAGCAGCGCCGGGGAAAAUCCUUCCUGAUGAACUGCCUGCUGCGCCGGCUCCAGAGCCUGGAGGCUGUGGAUGCGUCAUGGAUGGGCCGAGAGGACGAGGCCCUGGGGAGGUUUGAGUGUCGCAAUGGGACAGCGACCGUGUCGAGGGGCGUGUGGAUGUGGGACCAGCCCAGGGGAGGAGGGUGGCCGUGUUCCUGGUGGACACCGAGGGCUCCCUGGACCUGCAGCGCCGCAUGGAGACCAGCAUCAAGCUCUCCGUGUUGGAUCUUUAACAUUUCCAGUACGUUUAAGCAGACGGAGGCAGAUUAUUUGGAGAAACAGGCGGCCCUGGGGGAGCUGAAGAAGGAGCUGGACAAGCAGAUGGCAGAGUUCCUGCCGCGAUAUGAACAGCGCUUUAAAGUGAAGAAGGCCGAGUGGUUGGGCCUGUACAUUGGGCGGGGUGGGGUUCUGGCAGUGGUGGGUGCGGGUAUCGGAGUAGGCAUCAGGGCGGGUGCAGCUCUAGUGGGGCUGGAGGAAGCAGUGGCCAUUGGGAUUGGGGCCGGGGUCUUUGGCCUGAUUGCGGUGGUUGGGCACUGGCCGUGGGCCUGGUUUGGACAGAAGAUGGCCCAGAACAAGACAGGCACCAACACCCCAGGUCAGGGGAAUGAGCGGGAGAGCAGGGCAGGAUGUUCAGAUUAG